GGGCUUCAAAUUCCUAGCCCAUCAAAUUAGCGCACGAUGACGAAACUUCACGCUACUUACACGGCUGCACCAAACACGAACAUCCGCCCCCUUCUGUCUCUCUUUCUCUCUCUGUCCCGCCCCACUAUUGUCAUCCCUCUUCUUUUCCGCUGAAAAUUAAACUGCAAAACUCUCCAAUUUCUCUGUUUUCUCUCACUCCAAACACACCCUGACCCUCGACAACCAUCUUUUUCCGUAAAUUCCCUCAGCCGGAAAGCCGACGGCAAUUUUCCGGGGAUAUUCAGAAUCCACUGUCAUUCGAAAUGGUAUCCCCAGAAAAUACUAAUUGGCUGAUGGAGUACGGCUUGAUCGACGAUAUCCCUGUUCCUGAUGCAAAUUUCUCUGUUCCGGUUACCGGCUUUUCGUGGCCCGUACAAAACACAAAUGGUCCCUCGAAUGUCGGCUUGGAAAUUGAUGGACCAUUUGGGGAUUCUGAUGCUCAGAAGGAGUCCAGCUGCAAGAAGAGGGGUAGGUCUGAAUUGUGUAGUGCUUCUAGCUCCAAAGCAUGUAGGGAGAAGUUGCGGAGAGAUAGGCUAAAUGACAAGUUUUUGGAGUUGGGCUCUAUCUUGGAGCCUGGAAGACCUCCUAAAACAGAUAAGGCUGCUAUUUUGAUUGAUGCAGUCCGAAUGGUGACUCAGUUACGAGGUGAAGCUCAGAAGUUGAAGGACUCAAAUUCAAGUCUUCAAGAGAAGAUCAAAGAAUUGAAGGCUGAAAAGAAUGAACUUCGGGAUGAGAAGCAGAGGCUGAAGGCAGAGAAGGACAAGUUGGAGCAGCAGUUGAAAGCUGUGAAUGCACAACCUAGCUUCUUGCCUCCGCCACCAGCAAUUCCUGCUACGUUUGCUACCCAAGGCCAAGCACCUGGAAACAAGUUAGUGCCUUUCAUUAGUUACCCAGGAGUUGCCAUGUGGCAGUUUAUGCCACCUGCUGCAGUGGAUACCUCUCAAGAUCAUGUGCUCCGCCCACCUGUCGCUUAAGCUAGCGACCUCUAAUGCAUUGGGUUUGCAUUUCGCACCCCUCCCUGCUUCCAAAAAAAAAAAAAAAAUCUUUUCCUCAUUGUUCUCGUCUGUAUUAGGUUUUCAUUGGGUCUUCUAACUGAACAUGGUGGGCGACUGACUAUUUGCAAUCUGGAUUUUGAAUGAAAUGCUGCUGGCCCUCACAUGUAAAUUUAAUAAUUUUAUCUAGCAAUCAAUGUCUGAAUUGAGCA